AUGGACGAUUAUAUGCCGUCGCGCUAUCAGCUGCUCGGCCGAAUCGGCGAAGGAGUCCACGGUGUCGUCGUAAAAGCGCGGGACCUGCAGUGUGAUGACAAGAUGGUGGCCAUCAAAAAGCUAUCGCUGCGGACAAAGUUCGGGGUCGUAUCGCUAAACACGGUUCGUGAAAUUCGUGCCCUACAGCAUUGCCGAUGUGACAAUGUCCUAGAGUUACUCGACAUGUAUCCUGACCUGGCAGGUAUUUCCUUGGUGUUCGAGUACAUGCCCCAUACGCUGUACAGCAAGCUUAAGGACGAAGAAAAUCCUUUAUCUCGUGCAACCGUACGGCGCUACACGGGCAUGUUACUCAAAGGGCUGGCCUACCUGCACGGAUUGCGCUUGAUGCAUCGCGAUAUUAAGCCAGCUAACCUGCUCAUCGAUCGGCACGAUGUACUCAAAAUAGCCGACUUCGGACUCGCCCGCAUCUACACCGACUCUAACGGGCAGCAACCGGCCAAAACCUACUCGCCGCAAGUGGCCACACGUUGGUACCGAGCGCCCGAAAUCUUGUGGGGUUGCCAACGUUACGGUCCUUCGAUAGAUCUGUGGGCCAGCGGAGCCGUGUACGCCGAGAUGCUCCGGGGCGUUCCGUUGUUCGCCGGUGCCACCGAUAUAGAACAGCUGGCGCUUGUUGUCCGCACGCUCGGCACUCCAAAUCAGAAGGAUUGGCCAGAAGUGCGAAGCCUUCCGGAUUAUAACAAAAUCCGCUUUCCGAACUCGCGCGGAGAACGCUGGGAGGACAUCUUCCCGAGCUGUACCACUCGCGACGAGAUCAGCCUGGUAGAUGGGCUGGUGAGGUAUAAUCCUGCUAAGCGUCUCACGGCCGAAGAGGCUUUACUUCAUCCCUACUUCACUGACGCAGCACCGAGUGAAAAUUAA